CACAGCGUCGUCGAUAGUCGCCUCAUUCUCUCUUUUUCUGGCCUACCUCGCCAUCAUGCCGCUCAACUCAAUCACCUAUCUUACAACGCAAGGUUGGGAGGGAACUGGCGUACCACUUGAUGGAGCUGGGGGCAAUGGACUCAAAAAGCCCCUCGCUAUCCCAAUGAAGCGAGGCCUCAAGGGUCUGGGAAAGGAGAGAGACAGGGCAGUGGAAUGGUGGGAUUGCCUCUUCGAGGCAAGCGCAAAGACGCUCAAGAUUGGAGGCGCGCCAUCUACAUCAUCGACAGCACCGUCGUCAUCCAUAUCGACACCCGCUGUAACGGCGCCGUCCUCACCUGCCCCCCUCCCGGUCCUCAGCCCAGCCAUGCCUUCGUCGUCCAAGAUGUCUUUUGAGGCGUUGGCAAAGAGAGAGCAUGCCAGGAGAGUCCUCCUCAGCAGCUUCGUAAAGGGAAGAGCAGACCCUUCGAGACCAACUCCGCCUCGCAAGGCUAUGCAAGAGACUAGCAAGGCAGUAGUAGAAAAGAGCAUCAGCAUGGGCGAAGCAGCGAGCGAACCCAAGUCAUCAAAGGAGAGCAAGGAGGAGAGGAAGCGCAAAAAGGCUGCAGCCAAAGCGGCUGAAAAGGGAGACGAGGAGGUACUGAAGUCGAAGAAGCGAAAGAGUGAGGACAAAGAGGAGAGACGGCGCAGAAGAGAGGAGCGUAGAGCUGCAAAGGCGGCGGCGGCGGCAGCAGCAGCGUUAGCUGGCAAGGCAUCAGAGGCAAAGGGAAUCAAGAAGGCGCACAAGUCCAAUGGGGACAAGAAGACAAAGCGAAAGAGCAGCAAGAAGACCAAGUCUUCGAAGGCUUCCGAUGUCGAAAGGGAUCUCAAGAAGUCAGCGAGGAGAGAGGAUAAGAAGCGAGCCCGAGCUGCUAAGGCGGCAGCGGCAGCAGCGGCAGCAGCGACAGCAUCAUGAGAAGCGACGGAGAGAUGAGUUGAUAUCUGUGUGUAAUUAUACAAUGACGAAUCCAUGACGACGACAGCGAAGCAGGGU